GCUUGCCUCGGUGCACUUUGGCCAUAAAACGGUGGCUUCAAAAAGCGAUGCAAAAACGCUCUAUAGAAAUUGUGUGUUAACCGACACAAAACAGAUAUCGGCACGAACCCUACUUUAAUUAAUUAACCAAUUUUAAAAUCAAACGUUUAAAACACUAUUCCUCUUUAUAAAAGUAAAGUUAAAUAACUUUACAAAACAUAGAUUUCGCGGUAUUUUGCUUAAGGUUAGAGUAUUACUAUCUAAUCAUCUCUAAUCUCAUGUAUCUCACAGUGUUUUGCUUAAGGUGUGAUUCUAGUUCCCUUUCUUUCAAAUAAUAAAGUUUGCUUUUAAAUUAGUAUACAAAGUUAUUCAUGCCAAUACUUGUUAGUGACAUAGAAGACCUAACUAACGUUAUCUUCCAAGUAGUCUUCAAGGCAAGCACCAUGUUGAGCCUUGGCGCAAGGCAAAGACCUCAACGCCAUGGAACGCCUUGCACCAUUUUAAACACAUGUCCCAAACCAAUCUAACUAAAACUAAUUGUUUUUUUUUUAAGAAUACGCCCAGAUCUUUAAAAACCUAAUUUUUGUGUUUAAAUAUUGUAGCUGUUUAGUUUGCGGUGUAUAAUUUAAAUUCUGCAUUUCCUAAAUUCUAUAUAAAAAUUUUGAAAAUGAGAGGAUCCCUGAUUAUCCUCAGUAAAAAGAAAUAUAUAGUAGUAGUAAUAAGAAAAUACAGGAAAAAUUAAUAUUCGGACCAAUCAAAGACGCCAAUGCUGCUUACUGACAAGUGACAACCAGUUGGAACUUUAACUCCGAAAUUCUCGUAACAAUCAAAAUCUCCCACCAAUGGGAGUGAAGAAAACUUAUCCAAGAAGUUACAUAAAACCGUAAAAUUAGUAAAAACCUCCCUAAAUAUUUUCACAUGUACCCCUCAAAUAUUUUCAAUAUUGCAGUAUAGUCCCGGACCCACUCAAACGUUUUUCGAGAUUAAAAGUUAAAAUCGUUACCGCCAAAGGCACCACAAGGAGAUUGCAUGACUCAUCAUCUUCUUCUUCUUCUCCUCCGCUAGGGUUUUCGAUUUCACUCCUUCGGCCAUGGAUAUGACUACUUGCGUCGGCAGAAGAACUCGCUCGAGGACUGAAUCUUACUUGAACGAUCUUCUGAACCAAUCGAAGGGGAUCUCCGUCGCCGUUCAAUCUAAUAGCAGGCCCGCGCCCUUGCGCGAUUCUAGUUCGCCGGAGAAGCCGAAACGGCGCCGGAAAAGGAAGAGCAAGGAUGAUGACGAAGUGGAGUUCGUCGGAACUAUCUAUCCGAAAGGUAAGCGAGAGAAGGAGAUUGUAGUAGUAGAGGAUGACAAUGUAGGUUCACCUCCGAUGAUUGCUCUUAGUUCAGAGUCAGAUAGGGCUUGUGGUGUGAGUGUAGAUGAUGCCAUGGGCGAUGAUGAUGGUGAUGUCGAAUUCGUAAGAACUAUCUAUCCUAAAGAGGAUGAUCGAGCUGUGGAUGAUGAGAAUUUGAUUGGUGAGGAGUCUCCUGAUGAUGAUGAUGUUGUUUAUCUUGGAACAUUGCUGAGAGAUCAAGAACAUGUUGAUAGGGUUAGUGAUUUGGAUGUGGAUGAUGCUAAUUUAAUGGGUGAGGAGAAGAUUUUAGAGCCUGAUGAUGAGGUUAUGAGUCUUAGUUCUGGUUCUGACGACGAAGCUUCUAUAGAAGACUUAGGAACUGAAGUUUCUGAUUACACGGAGAAAAGCUCAGAUUCUUCUUAUGCGGAGAGCUCUGAUAGUGGUUUCGAUUGUUCUGAGGACGAUGAGUUUCGUGGUGCCAGAGACACCGCUACAGUUAAGAAGAAGAGCCCAAGUAAAAGAGUAUACACUCGGGAGAAGCGGAAGACUUCUUAUAGGAAGAAUGAUUUGGAUGUAUCUGAUCUACUAGCAAAAUCUAUUUGGCAGAGAAAGAAAAUUGUAGAGGAAGACAUUUUCUCUGAAGACGAAACAGCAGAGGUUGAUACCAGAGAAGAUCCUAUUGUUAGAGAGAGAUCAAGUGAGAAGGUACAUGAGCAGAGGAAACGAAGGAGAUUCCAUAGGGAGAAAAAGAAGAACCAUUUGAGUGUUGUUGAUCUGCUAGGAGAUUCUUUUGAGAAUUUUGAUGUUGGGGAAAACCUGUGGGUUUCGCCUCCUAUAAACCUGAGAUUUGGUUGUGAAGAGCCUGAGCCAGUUGAGAAAACAGAAGAGGAGAAAGAAAUAGACAGGUUGUGGCAAGAUAUGGCCUUAGCUUUAUCAUUGGAAGGACUACACUCAUCUACUUAUUUUAAAAAUGGAGAUGUGUCAUGUAGCAACGGGAAGCAUGAUUUCGUUCUUGAUGAGGAAAUUGGUCUGAAAUGCCGCUGCUGUUCUUAUGUCUCCGUCGAGAUGAAAGAUGUCUCACCUGCCAUGGACAAGUAUCGUGCUAAUGUUAAGUAUCGUGAUACUGUUAACUACAAGAAUACAUGUCGUACCAAAGGUGACCCUUUACUUGACAGCCUUGAUUUGGAAGCGUCAGAACACAACAGCAAUGUGGCGUCUCUGAAAGAUACACAGGGAACAGUCUGGGAAUACAUCCCUGGCAUUAAAAAUACUCUGUACCCACACCAACGAGAAGGCUUUGAGUUUAUGUGGAAGAACUUAGCCGGGACAACAAAACUGGACGAGUUAAAAAGCUCAGUGGUAAAAGAAAGUGGCGGAUGCAUUAUUUCUCAUGCCCCUGGGACUGGCAAGACGCGUUUGACCAUCGUGUUUCUUCAGUCAUACUUACAACAGUUUCCAGAUAGCCAUCCUGUGGUCAUAGCUCCCGCAAGUUUACUUCUCACAUGGGAAGAAGAGUUCAAGAAAUGGAAUUCAAACAUUCCGUUUUAUAACAUGAGUAAUCAAGAGUUGUCAGGGCUAGAGAACCCAUCAGCUGUUUCACUUCUAAAAGGAAAUAGACAACAUAGGAGCAAAACGGAUUCUGUCCGUAUGGUUAAGCUAUAUUCAUGGAGGAACAAGAAGAGCAUUCUUGGAAUCAGUUACAGUCUCUAUGAGAAGCUCACUGGGAACAAGUGCGCCUCUGGGGAGACGCAAAAGUUUAGAAAGAUGUUGCUAGACUUUCCGGGGCUCCUGGUCCUUGACGAAGGCCACACUCCUAGGAACCAGAAUAGUUGCAUCUGGAAAGUUCUCACAGAAGUGAAAACGGAGAAGCGUAUCAUACUCUCAGGGACACCGUUUCAGAACAAUUUCAAGGAGCUUUCUAACGUCUUGUGCCUUACGAGACCAGCUUAUAAAGAUAAGAUCUCUUCUAGGCUCCAUGAUCUUACGAGGCUGAGCCAAGAAGGCAAGAACGGGAGGUUCGAUGAAGAGAUUGGCAUCGCGGAGCUUAAGGAUAUGAUUGCUCCUUUUGUUCAUGUCCACAAAGGGAACAUCCUUCGAGAGAGCCUCCCAGGUCUAAGAGACUGUGUUGUGGUGCUGAACGCUCCUUUUCAACAGGCGAAAAUCCUGACGAGAAUCGACCAUUCUCAAAAGACGUUUGACCUUGAGCACAAGCUUUCAGCUGUUUCAGUACACCCGUCUCUGUAUCUGCGACGCAAGCAGACAGACAAGGAACGGUUAACCAUUGGGCCGGUGGUACUGAAAAGCCUGGAGAGCCUUACGCUUGAGUCAAAGGAAGGUGCGAAAACGAGGUUCUUGAUCGACUUCAUCCGGUUCAGCGAAACAGUGAAAGAGAAAGUCUUGGUGUUUAGUCAACACAUUGACACGCUAGAACUGAUCAGGGACCAGCUCAGUGCAGUGUUUGGCUGGACUGAAGGAGAAGAGAUUCUCUACAUGCACGGUCAACUCCAACAGAAAUUCAGACAGCGUCUGAUCAACAACUUCAACAAAUCAGACAGCAAAUCCAAAGUGCUACUAGCAUCAACAAAAGCAUGCUCCGAAGGUAUUAAUCUUGUCGGAGCUUCGAGGGUUGUGCUUCUUGAUGUUGAUUGGAACCCUUCUGUUGAGAGGCAAGCCAUAAGUCGAGCUUACAGAAUUGGUCAGAAGAGGGUUGUGUACACUUACCAUCUCAUGGUUAAAGGCACAACUGAGUGGGACAAGUACUGUAAGCAAAACAAGAAACAUCGCAUAUCUGAAAUGGUCUUCUCUCCUACCAACGAGAAAGAUAAGCUGAUUGAAAACGAAGUUGUUUCUGAAGAUAAAAUUCUUGACGAGAUGGUUCGCCAUGAGAAGCUGAAAGACAUGUUUGAGAAGAUACUUUAUCGCAAAAAAGAAUCCGACAUGUUUACAAACAUUCUCUGAUUUGUGAUAAUCCCACUCUAGACUCUCUCUAGGCGUUUGUAUUAAUAAAGUUGGCUCUUAUGAUAUGUAAUUUUCGAAUUCGAUGUCUUCUAGGGACAAUCUUUAGCUUGAAAUCUAAUAUAUUAGUUUAAGUUCCUA